AUGUCGACAGCGACGCCCUACUCCCAGGACGACGACCGGCCCGCCCAGUACACCUUCGAGACAGAGUACGACGAUGACGAUGAGAGCAGCGCAGAGGAUGUCUUUGCCUUUCUCCCUCCGAAUACCGCCGAUUCCCAAAGACACGAAUAUCCGCCACUCGAGUACCCAGCUCCAACCUACGACCCGACAACACCAGUGAGGGUGUCACUACCGAGUACGGGGGAGAAGAGUGUUGUUCGGCCGGAUUCAUUUGCACCGUCAGUAACGGAGGAGGGCUCUAUCAAGAUGGAGUUUGACUUCGAUGCCAUUGAGGAGGAGGACUCGCCCUUCCCAGAGGUCCGAGCAUCGGUGUCAAAUAUCGACGACCCAGACAUGCCCGCAAUGACCAUACGAAUGUGGUUCAUUGGUCUGUUUCUCUGCACGAUAGCAGGCUCUCUCAAUGUAUUUUUCAACUUCCGCUCACCCGCGCCAUCUGUGGUCCCAAUCGCCCUCCUCCUCAUUGCCUACCCGUUUGGCAAAUUUCUGGCCUUCGUUCUACCUAUCACAACCUAUCGAAUUCGUUCAAUCGAAUUCUCAUUAAACCCUGGCCCCUGGAACAUCAAGGAACACGUUCUUGUCUUCAUUAUGGCAAACGUCGCGGUCGGAAGCCCUUACGCCCUCAACGCUGUUGUAGUGUCGGAGUCUUUCUAUGACAUCAAGGUCGGAUACUGGUUCGCCCUUGUCUUAGUUCUCGCCACACAACUCACCGGCUUUGGGCUUGCUGGGAUAUGUCGACGUUUUCUCGUCUGGCCAGCGAGUAUGGUCUGGCCCCAGAACCUUGUCGCGUGCACCCUUCUCAACACUCUCCACGCUGAAGACGAUGAGGGAAGUGGUGGAAUGACACGCUAUCGAUACUUCAUGCUUGUCACCACAGCGAGCUUCUUUUGGUUCUUUUUACCUGGCUUUCUGUUCGAGGCACUCUCCAUCUUCUCGUGGGUCUGUUGGGCAGCACCAAACAACGUUCCGGUCAACCAACUCUUUGGAGUUUACUCUGGCCUUGGAAUGAGUGUUGUGACAUUCGACUGGACAGAAAUCUCGUGGAUAGGGUCACCGCUCAUGGUCCCAUGGUGGGCACAAGUCCACGUUUUCCUCGGAUUCGUGCUCUUCUUCUGGAUCCUCACCCCUGCACUCUAUUAUAGCAACACCUGGUAUCUGGCCUACUUCCCGAUCUCCGCCAAUGUGCCUUACGACCGCUUUGGAAACCAGUACAAUGUUUCCCGAGUUCUAACCGCUACCCACACGUUUAACGUGACAGCCUAUGACGGAUACAGUCCGCUCUACUUGCCUGCAACGUACACAGUGACCUACCUCCUCGCUUUCGCGUUGAGCACUUGUGUUAUCGUCCACACUCUCCUCUAUCACGGGCGCAGUCUGCUCAACGGCUUCAAGAAAAUGCGCGUGGAAAGCGAUGACAUCCACGCCAAACUCAUGCGCAAUUACCCCGAAGUACCCGAUUGGUGGUACCUUCUCGUUUUCUGCGUCUUCUUCAGUCUAGCGAUCGUAGCUGUCGAGGCAAAUCAAAGUCUUUACAACGUUUGGCACACUCAGGUCCCCGUCUGGGCUUUAUUGCUCUCAGUCGCCCUUCCCAUCAUCUACAUCUUACCAUCAGGCUUCAUAUAUGCUAUGACCGGGACCGAGAUCACACUCAAUAUCCUAGCUCAGAUCAUCCCAGGCUCGUUGCUUCCUGGAAACCCUCUCGCCAACAUGGUUUUCAAGGCCUACUCGGUUCAAACGCUGACAGAAGCGACAUCAUUUAUUCAAGACCUCAAGCUCGGGCAUUAUAUUAAGGUUCCUCCGCGAGCCUCGUUUUUGGUUCAACUCGUGGGCACCCUUGUUGCAGCAUUCCUCCAAGUUGGAGUUAAGACAUGGAUUUUCGCCAACGUUGAAGAUAUUUGCCAGCCUGGGCAAAAAUCACAACUUGUUUGCCCACACAAUCAAGUGUUCUUUACCGCAUCUGCUAUUUGGGGUCUUAUCGGACCCGUACGACAAUUUGGACCAAGCUCUAUCUACCACACACAUCUAUAUGCCCUUGCUAUUGGCGCAGUCUUACCACUUCCUUUCUGGUUUUGGCAACGUCGUUACCCAAACAGCUGGAUCAAGUAUAUCAGCACGCCAGUUAUUCUCAACGGUGUGUCUGGUAUUCCACCAGCGACCGGCAUCAAUUAUUCAGCGUGGUUUGCGGUCGGUGCUUUGUUCCAAUAUUUCAUCCGUAAAAGGAAUUUUGCAUGGUGGAGUAAGUUUAACUAUGUGACGAGUGCCGCUCUGGAUAGUGGAACGGUUAUUUCAUUGAUGGUCAUUUUCUUCACGCUACAAUUUCCGAGGGAUGGGAAGAUCAGCGUAAAUUGGUGGGGGAAUAGUGUGUACAAGCAUACGGCCGACUACAAUAGGGCGCCAUGGAAGAAAGCUCCUGCAGGCGGGAUUCCACUUGCGAACCCACCACCAUAG